AUGGAAGGCCCCCCUUCGCCGGGGAAACCCCUAAAAGAAGAAACGGAACCCAAGCUUCCGCCGAGCCCUGCGAGAGCAGGCCCCCCGUUGUCCCACGCACACGGGAUCCCGUACUGCCACCAAAGCGUAAACGUGCAUACCGACACCCGGGCCGCAGAAGGGCCAAUAAAAGAAAAAACCGAAGCUGAAGCUUCAGCGGCCGCCGCCGCUGGUGAGACCAGUGGGACUUCGACAGCCAAUCCUCCUGUUGCUCCGGCCACUGGCUCACACUUUGAGUCCCCCAUUGUUCUGCCCUCUUCGUCGUCCUCGACCUCACCCUCCGCCUCGCGCUCCCCAUCGCCUGACGUUUCACUUGACGUCUCAUCUUCUCCUGCCGGCGCGUCUUCGCCUGUCGCUACGCCCUCCCCUCCCAACGCGUCUGCCGAGCCUUCCCAGUCGGAACCAGAAGAAAACAAUGCUGAUAAUGUGAUCUGGGAUCCGGUGGACCCUCUGGGCCUGUUUGAUGAGCUUGAAGGACCGUUGGACUGGCCAUCUGAAGGGCUUUUUGACUAA